AAACAAUGAAGGCCCUUAUGAUAGUUCAAAUGAUACCCAAGUUGUAAAUGUUCAAUCUGCCAAUCCUAUAGCCACAAUAGCCCCAACAAAUUGUGACAUGAAUUGUGCAACUAUUCUUGAGAAGGAAACGACUAAUACCUCUGCUCGCCAACGCCAACGUGCCUUCAAACAUGAUGAACCCUCGGUGGCUACCUGUAACAAGGCGGUAACCAGGAAUGUAGCUCAUGAUCUGAUUACGUGUGUCCAAACCGGAAUUCAAGAUCUUCUUUCUAAUCCUAGCACUUCAGAUACUACACCGGCCCCAAAACUGUCCUGUGAUGAAAUCAUUUCUGAGGAUAGCCUAUUUUUAACUCUUUCUGUUUCAUACUUCAGUGACGGUGUGAUGAACAGUGAUAGCUGGAUUUUUGCUAAGCUCGUAUGCAUCAUGGCGGUUA